UACAGGCUGGCGGAUGUGGCACACUACUGAUCUAACACAGCAUCAUUAGUGACGACAGUGUACUGUAUGAUGGGGUGGUGGAGAUUGAGACGUGUGACCGGGUACCUGGGGGCGGUUGUAGUGUGCGGGGGAUGCGUAGCGCGCACCUGUCUCACGGAUGGGGUCAUUGAUAAAAUCGACAGAUCGCCACAUGGAUCGGGGGAUUCUGAGGAAAUUUCAAGGAGAGGUCUGACGCUUCAACAGGUUCAGGUGUUCUUCAGACAUGGUGCGCGGACCCCCAUACACCUCACCCCCAACAUAGAACAGGCGACAUACCGAGCUGAUAUCCACAACCGAGUCCUGCCUCACACAGACUUCAAGCUCACCCUGAAAAGCCUGGCUGGGGAUACAAUAGAGAAAUCUCUCUAUGAAUUGCACUACAGCAAAACUGUGUUACGGGGUGGAUGUGUUUCUGGUAGUUUGACGACACUUGGCCAGCAGCAGAUGUUUGAGUUGGGUCAGCGGCUACGGUCAGAGUACGUCAGACAGUGGGCGCUGCUUGAUCCGACCUUCAAGAAGGAACACGUGUAUGCCAGGUCAACCAACAUAAAUCGCACAAUUGCCUCUGCUCGGUGUGUACUAGCUGGUAUAUUUGGCGCAGAUGAACUCAAUAACUCAGGGAGUGCCAGCAUCAGUAUCUCCCCACAAAAGAAUGAGGUCCUCCUCCCUAACCCUCACAUCUGCACCCUCGUCCGUGACAUUAAUCGUGCUGCCAUGAUCCAUUUUGACAACAUCUCCGGCAUACAACAGGACCGACUACAUCUCGAAACAAUUCUAGGUGUAGACUCCAGCACAUCAGGACACAAACUGAACUUUAUAGACGUCCGAGAUGAUAUGAUUGCAAGACAGGCUCACGGCCUUCAUGUUCCAGACAAGCUACUAUCAGUGCAGUCCAUGAUAGAGAGAAACGCUACCAGGAUCAUGUAUCACGCCUUCUGUGGACAGCAUCAGGCGGAGCUGGAACUUGCAGUGAGGAUGACGGCAGGACCUGCCCUGACGAUGGCUGUCAAAGAGAUGAACGCUUGUAUUCAGGGGUCAAGCCAGCAGCGCAUUUGUCUCUACUCUGUCCACGACUCACUGAUCCUUCCACUUACGGUCAUCCUGGGAAACUAUGAUGGAAGAUGGCCACCCUUUGCAGCAGACAUACGCUUGGAGCUGUAUGUCGACAAGCAGGGAGCACACUGGGUGCGAGCUCGAUACUGUGGGAAGGUACUAAAUAUACGAGGUUGUGAUGGGAGUUUCUGUAAAUACUCUGACUUCAUGAAGAAUAUUUCUCAGUUCUUGGUAGAAGAAGAGGAUUACAAGAGGAUAUGUUCAUCAAACAUCCUGAGGAAAAUAGCGAAAGAUCUGCUAGUUCAUGAUAGCAAAGAAGAGGAUGAUGACGGAAGAUCUGACACGCCUGCUGGACUGUGAUCAUAUAUGCUCCAGACAUACCCAAUGCUUAAGACAUAACCAAC